UAUCUGGAAUAGUUCCAAAACCCCAAAACGUAAGAAUUAUUUCAGUUAAUCUUCGUAGCAUUUUACAGUGGGAUGCACCUAUGUUUCACGAAGGGAAUAUAAGUUACACUGUCCAGUCUAAAAGCAUCAAUUUGCCUGGACACACAUAUAAAAAUGUGAGCACAAACUUGAGAGUCACAGAGUGUGAUGUUUCUUCUCUAUCUGCAUAUGGAAACUACAUUUUACAGGUCAGAGCAGAGUCAGAAAAUAGCCAUUCAGACUGGGUGACCAUCAGAUUUAAGCCAAUGGAUGACACAGUCAUUGGGCCACCUGAUGUAAAAGUGAAGUCAGAGUCUGGGUCCCUGCAUGUGGAUUUCAUAGGCCCUAUUGCUGCACAUGAUAGGUGGCCUCUAAAGCAGUAUUACGGCUCGUGGAAUUACAGAGUACUGUACUGGAAGAAGGGCAGCAAAACACAGGUAGCUCACAUAGAUACUAAACAUAACUCUGAAAUAUUAUCUCAGUUGGAGCCGUGGACAAUAUAUUGUAUUCAAGUGCAAGCAGUUAUUCCCGAGUGGAACAAAACAGGGGAACUGAGUGAAGAGCUUUGUGAGCAGACAACCCACAAUGGUGUAACUCCUGUGUGGAUAAUUGUGAGCGUUCUUAUAGGAUCAAUGCUGGUUGUUGCAAUAUCUGUUCCUGGUUUUUUCUUUUCUUUUUUGUAUCUAUAUCGACUCACCAAACAUGUUUUCUGCCCUUCAUAUAUUUUCCCACAACACUUGAAAGAGUUUUUGAGCAAGCCUCCCAGCAGUUUGGAGUUUUUUCCUCCACUCCCACAAGAGGAGCAUCUUCCCUAUGACAAGCUAACUGUCAUUUCAGAAGAACCCAAAAAUCACUGUGAUGAGACCAGGGAUGAGGUCAGCAAGACAACAGAUCUCUUUCAGGACUCUGAACAAGAAGAUCCUGAUUCAGGAAUAGUACCAGCUUCAGAAAAGGCCUAA